CUCAUUACUAUAAAUAAUAACAGUUAUAACAUUUGUUUCGAUAUACAGAUCAAAGUUUGAAAAAUAUGACAUCGUUUCAAAAGAUCAUAGAUGUCGAAACAAUCCGAGAGACACAACGAGCACGAGGUCUAGCCACCAUUCUUGCUAUUGGCACUGCAACUCCUCUCAGUUAUAUUAAUCAAGAUGAUUACGCCGACUAUUAUUUUCGCGUUACAAACAGCGAGCAUAUGAUUAAGCUUAAAGAGAAGUUUAAACGCAUAUGUGACAAGACAAUGAUCAAGAAGCGAUUCAUGCUGCUCACCGAAGAGUUUCUAAAAGAAAAUCCCAACAUGUGCGAGUAUACAAGUCCAUCUUUAAACACUCGCCAAGACUUGUUGAUCACUGCAGUCCCAAAGCUUGGCAAGGAAGCCGCUAUCAAAGCUAUCGAAGAGUGGGGACUCUCGAAAUCUAAGAUCACCCAUCUCAUCUUUUGCACCACCUCGGGAAUCGACAUGCCUGGUGCUGACUUUCAACUCACCAAGCUACUUGGUCUCUCCCCUAUGGUCAAUCGGCUCAUGGUAUACCAACAGGGCUGUUCGUCAGGGGGCAUGGCCCUUCGUCUAGCCAAGGACCUUGCUGAAAACAAUAAGGGUUCACGUGUCCUUGUUGUCUGCGCAGAUAGCAUGGCUUCUUUUUUCCGGGGACCUAGUGAGAACCAUGUUGAUUCUUUAGUUUGUCAAGCCCUUUUUGGAGACGGAGCUGCUGCAAUCAUCGUGGGUUCAGAUCCGGAUUUAUCUACUGAAAAUCCGUUGUUUGAAAUUGUUUCUGCAAAUCAAACAAUCAUACCGGACACUGAGACAGCAAUGACCUUACACUUGAGGGAGGAAGGAUUUGAAUCUUACUUGCACAAGGAUGUACCGAAGAGGAUCUCUGAGAAUAUAGAGAGCGCGCUAAAGCGUGCGCUGUCUCCACUAGGUCUAAGUGACUGGAACUCACUGUUUUGGAUAGUUCAUCCUGGUGGUAGAGCCAUACUCGACAACGUGGAGCUAAAGCUUAACCUCGAUAAGGAGAAGUUGAGGGCUAGUAGGCACGUGCUAAGUGAAUAUGGAAACUUGUCGGGUGCAUGUGUGUUGUUCAUCAUCAAUGAGAUGAGAAACAAAUCUAAGGAGGAUGGGGAAAGUACGACCGGUGAAGGUUUAGAUUGGGGCGUUUUGUUUGGGUUUGGCCCGGGUUUGACAAUUGAAUCGGUUGUUCUUCGCAGCCAUCCCGUGACUACUCUUGUUGGCACCAAAAGUUGAUAACAAAUGUUGCAUAAUAAUGACUAUUAAUUAAAUAACUAAUUUAUAAGCUGUCUGGUUUGUUAUGGGAUUUGCAACUAGAGCAAAUCUUUGUAUUCUUGUGUUUAUAUUCCUUGUACUUGUUACAAGGAAGAUAUUAUUAAUAAACAAACACAAGAUUUUCAAGUGGUUAUAAAAACUAAAACACCUUAACUCAAGACACAACUAUAGUUUUGCGUCUAUUCGUACGUGGUAAACACAAGAGGGAGGAUCGAGUGUGAUCCAUAAACACAAUCAACCUCAUAAACAACCAAUAUUACCAGUAUUACAAGCUUUAGUUGGAAACAGAAAAUGCUAACCAUCCUAGAGACCAUGGGCGUAUACAAGUACAUUAUUUCACAGGUUCUCGUGGACAAACCAGACGACAAUUGGGAUCAAAUGGAUGGUUUUGUUUCGAGCUGCAUCAACGCAAUCCUUAGUCAGUCAUUUGCUCAUCUUGCGUAGGGAAAACCAGAGCCUCACAACUAUGGAAAGUCAUUGAAGUGACGUACUUCCAACAUGUAUCGCCAAGAAAAUACUACUGAAAACUCAGUUUCAAACACUGAUACAAUGCAAUUCACCCAUGUUGUUCUAUGAUGUUGCUAAACAAUUAUCUUUUUCAUUGUCAUCAUCUUGUAGCAUUGUUCUAUUACAUACAUAUUAUUCAUUGUGAUA